AUGAAGAACGUUCUCGCACCCUUUGCGGCCCUCGCCGCUGCCCUUACUGUCUCGGUGUCGGCUCUCGCUCCCCUCGAGCGCAACCUGGCCUACCGCUCGCCCUCGCUCCAGCUGAGCAACGGCGACGGUCUCAGCCAUGACAUUGAGCACAUCGGCUCCGUCAUUCGCAAGCGCGCCUACGACGAAUACGUCACCAGCAAGAUUGAAGGCAAGGCCAAGCGCAACAACGACAAGAAGACCCAGUACAAGACCGAGGCCGACUUCCUCGUCCAGCAGUACGACGCCAAUUGGGGCUCGGACGGCCGCGACGCUUACAAGGGAAACGUCUCGUUCCCUUACGGUGUCGCUUCCGGUGACCCUUACCCCAACUCUGCCAUUCUUUGGACUCACCCUGUGCCUGCUGACUCCAACACUGCGGCUCCCGUCUGCCUGCGCUACCAGACGUCCAAGAGCAAGACCGACUUCUCGUCGCAGAACCUGGUCGACGACAGCUACGCCUGGACCACCAGCGAGGUCGACUACUCGUUCAAGGUCGAGACCACCGGUCUUUCGCCCAAGACUGAGUACUACUACCGCUUCUUCCCCUGCCAUGACCACUCGGUCGUCUCCCCCGUCGGAAGCUUCAAGACUAUCCCUGAGUACAACGACGAGGACGUCGACUCGCUCAAGCUUGCCGUCUUCUCGUGCUCCAACCUGCCCUUCGGCUUCUUCAACGCCUACCGUGCGGCUGCCGCCCGCAACAACGGUGCCGACUACUUUGUCCACGUCGGCGACUACAUCUACGAAGCCCGUGGUGAUGGUCAGACCGUCGAGGGCGAGGAGACUUACGGUGACGGCACUGCCCUCAACCGUGUCCCUGCUCCUGCGAACGAGAUCGUGACCCUCCAGGACUACCGUCUGCGCUACGGCUCGUACCGUGCCGACAAGGACCUGCAGGCGAUCCACCAGGAGAUGGCCUUCUUCGGUGUCUGGGAUGACCACGAGGUCGCCGACAACUCGUACAACCACGGCACGGCCGAUGGCAACAACACCGAGGCUGGCGCCGUCCGCGGGGUCCGCUUCACCGAGCGCAAGCUCGCCGCGGUCAAGGCGUACUACGAGUGGAUGCCCAUCCGUCAGGUCGACACCACCGACUCGCUCCGCAUCUGGCGCAGCUUCCGUUACGGCAAGCUGGCCGAUCUCUUCUUGCUUGACACCCGUAACUUUGACCGCGACCUCACGGAUGUGUACUACAACACGGACGCCGUCGCUGCGAUCAGCAACGACACGGACCGCUCGCUCAUGGGCGGCAAGCAGGAGCAGUGGCUCUACCGCAACAUGAUCGACUCGCAGCAGCGCGGUGCUACUUGGAAGAUCAUCGGCCAGCAGAUCAUCAUGAACUGGCAGAACUACGGUCAGCCCGAUUUCAUGUACAACUAUGACGCUUGGCAGGGAUACCGCUCUAACCGUCGUCGCUUCUUUGACACGAUCGUCAAGAACAGCAUCGACAACACGGUGAUUCUGGCUGGUGACUCGCACGCCAACUGGGUCUACGACACUGUGCCCGAGGACCGACUCAACAACACCGCCUACAACCCUGUCACUGGUGACGGCUCGAUCGCAGUUGAGUUUGCCGGUACCGCCGUCUCGUCGCCCUCUUCGUACGGUCGCAACCUCACCCAGCAGCGAUACGAUGCUGCCUCCAAGAGGCUCGUUGGCAUUAACCGCAACCUCCAAUGGGCCGAGGGAGCUCACCGAGGUUACUUUGAGAUCGAGUUCACCAAGACCGACUGCUACGCCCAGUUCUACGGCUACCUCAACAACAGCCUGCCCAACUCGGAGGAGCUCGUCGUGGCCCAGUUCAACGUCAAGAAGGGCGCCAACAAGCUUACUCGCCCCAUCAACUACGGUAUCACCCCCAACUCGGGUGCUCUGCAGAGCCAGGCGGUGGACUACUCGAAGCAGUCGUGGAACGGCACUGCUUUUGCUUGA